AUGGCUACAAAGCUAAAGUAUCUGUCUUCCAUUGCAGAGGACGUUCUUAAGAGAUGUGCACAGAAACUGGAAAUUCCAGUAGAGGGAUUGGUGGAAGAAUUUGAAUCAGGAUGGAACCCGGAUGAGGGAGACUACUGCAAAAAAUUAGUGGAAUUUUGCAGUAGCAAGACUCUAUGUCAAAAAAUGUGCCAGGAUAGCAUACAGGAAAAGAUCAACGAUGGCUCAUUUAGCAGGUUGACCUAUGAUAUGAUGCUUGCUUGGGAGAGACCUAGAUACUAUGAUGAAGACGGCACGGUUACUAAUGAGGCCAGUGUCGGAGAAGAUGCAUUUGUGUGGAUGGGAUCACAAUUUCCAUUAGUAGCAGAUGUUGCAAAUGGAAGGUUUACUUUUGAAACUCUAACAGCACCAACAGGGCUCCGACUACACCAUCCGGCAUACGAUAUAUUCUUAAAAAAUAUGGACAAGUGCAUACAGCAUUUGCAGAAUCAGACAAAGCCAAAUGGUGUGGAACUGGCCGAUGACGAAUACAUAUUACAUGUCGAAGGAACAGCAAGCUCCCAGAGAGUCGUUCGCCACAUUGGGACGACAAGUUGGCCUGGUAGGCUUACACUGACCAACUAUGCUCUUUACUUCGAGGCCUCGGGAAUAAUAAAUUACGAAGAUGCUAUAAAAAUGGACCUCUCCAAGGAUGUCGAGCAGGGUGUAAAACCAGCUGCCACAGGUCCUUGGGGAGCUCAACUUUUCGACAAGGCCAUAAUCUAUGAAUCAUCUGAUUCAUCAGAGGAGAUUGUACUAGAGUUUCCAGAACUCACAAGUUCCACGAGGCGCGAACAUUGGCUAGCACUGAUAAGGGAAAUAAUGUUUCUCCACCAGUUUUUAUCAAAGUACAAUAUCAAUGGUCCAAUCCAAGCAUGGGAGAUUCAUGCAAGGACAAUAUUGGGAAUCAUAAGGCUUCAUGCAGCCAGAGAAAUGCUAAGAAUAUCACCACCUGUCCCAACGAAGUUCCUAAUAUUCUCCUUAUACAACGAGCUGCCAAAGGGAGAUUAUGUUCUCGAAGAAUUCGCGGAUAGCCUCAAGAAGGUCAACAGCGGACACUCGUGUAGCGCAAGCUCAAUCCUUAGAAUUAUGAACAUGUAUAGGUCCAUACCUUCUGAUAAAAUAGUAGAGAAGCCAAGUCAAGAAGUUGAAAGUAGCUCGAGUGCUUUAGAAGAUAGUCCUUCCUUGAAGACAGCUAUCAAACAAUCAAGGGAGGAAGAAAAGGAAGUUCUCAUCGCGAAAGCUACGACUGAAGAAUUAAAGGAUGAUGGUGUCAUCGACAGCGUUAUGGUUCUUAUAGAACUAUUAAAACCACUCAAACAUGUAGUCCCAUGGGUUCAAGGAAUCUUCGCUUGGGAAAGGCCAAUAAAUACUGUUGCUGUUCUUGUUCUAUCUCUCAUAAUCACUUAUAUGGAGUGGGUUGGUAAGGCAAUCGCAUGUUUCUUGAUAUGGGUGAUAGUAAAGAUGCUUGAGGCAAGAAAAAACAGGAUAUGUGAGAAGCGCAAAGAGAUAGUAAUAAGUAGAACAAGUAUGGCUUCGGAUCAGUCCACGGUGGAGAGCAUUGUCUCAGCCCAGCAUGGAUUGUAUACUGUUCAUGAGAUCAUGCAGAUAGCUAAUAUAGCAAUGCUAAAGAUAUGGUCAAUACUUAUUUACAAGGCAGAUAAGCAUGCAAAUGUAGUGAUGGUGGCAAUGAGUGGUUUGGCAUUCUUACUGGCAGUGAUUCCAUUUAAGUACUUCCUAAUGGGAAUCAUUCUGCAAGCCUUUGCCACAACGUUGAAGAGAGUUAAGUCUCCGCCGUCACCGUCGUCGUCUCCUGGAACAGGGAACAGACGCUUAAGGGAAUGGUGGGACUCAAUUCCAAUUGUUCCUGUUCGUGUAGUAGACAAUGCUCUUGAUGAAUAGGUCCUUUUCGCUUUAGUAGCUUACAAGAUUGUAUAUAUUAUGAGUUGUAAUAAUACAUGUAAUAAAAACUUGGUCAAAGGUACAAUAGAUGAUUUACGUUGGUAUUAUACAAAAGGAAUAUAGCAUACAGAAACAUGACAAUAUAAUGCAUGGAAUUGAACUUGCAUAUACAUCAAGGAAAUUACACUGCAGAGUUCAAUAUGCAUUUCUUGUGUUAUAGUGUUUCAAAUUCUAGAGUCUAUAUAAGAGAAUAAUGGAAGACUGGAGCUUAGAGGGUUUUGUUA